AUAUUUCAUACUACUGAUGAUGUCUAUCAUAUUAGAUCUUGGCCAUUCUUGCCAAGCAUGAGGCUGUAUGGGAAAAAAAAAAAAAAAAAAAAGUACCUACCUAAAGGUAUCCGCCUCUUCGGCGUCUGUUACUCGGCGUCUGGUCUUUGCUUCUUGGUUCUUCCCCAGUAUAGGUAGACAUGCCGGAUAGUCUUCGUAGCGUACCUGAAUAUCAUCUUUUUUUCCACUGUAGCCCCGUAGUAGUUUUCAUGGGUCAGGUCACAGGCGACUCUGUUUGAGCUAUUUGUUCCCAUGGUCUAAGCGUUAACCGAAGCCGUCAGCCUCUAGCCGUCAGCAUUAAUGAGUCUAAGUCAGAGGUAUAAGUAUUUCUGUUUCCUAAGGCACUCUCAUAGGUAUCCUUCCUUUUGUUUGCCCCAGACCAAGUUAAACAGAACUAGACACUACCUAAUAUCAGGCACUUAAAUAGUUCUAUCAGUUUUACCAAUCCAUAUUCUUCUAUUGGUUGUGAUAGGUGCCUAUCACAAUCCUAUAACUACCUGUCACCAAUGCUCUCGACUAAGGUCCCAGCAAACCUUUGCAACCCAAAGCAAGCGGCGAGGCUAUCCAGAGUUGUAAUACCUUUACUUCACAAUUCUGCCCUUGGGUAUUCGACGGGAAUCCGGGUCGGGCUUGUUGCGUCGACUCAACACAAUGGAUGCUCACGAGCCUUUUCCACAACGCCGGCAACGAACUUUAAGGAAUUCUUUCCAGUAAAAGAAACGGAAAAUAUUAGACUCACACCAGCAGUCUGGCCCCAUCAUGGAUAUACGGAAGAGGAAAUGUUGAGUGUAGUUCCCGCUCACCGUCCGGCUAAGACAUGGGGCGACUGGGUCGCCUGGAAAGUGAUGCGUACGUGUAGAUGGGGGAUGGACUUCUUUACGGGGAUGAAGAAGGAUCAAAAAGUCGAUAAAGCGAACCCAACCACUGCCGUUGAUACAAUCAGGCCCCUGACCGAAGCUCAAUGGCUCCUUCGCUUUCUCUUUCUCGAAUCUAUUGCUGGCGUCCCGGGAAUGGUGGCGGGAAUGUUAAGACAUCUCCACAGCAUUCGGCGACUGAAGAGGGAUAACGGCUGGAUCGAGACCCUUCUUGAAGAGAGUUACAACGAACGAAUGCACCUCUUGACUUUCAUCAAGAUGUGCGAACCAGGCUGGUUUAUGAAGAUCAUGCUCAUUGGUGCCCAGGGGGUCUAUUUCAACGCUCUUUUCCUGUCCUACUUAAUAUCGCCUAAGAUCACACAUCGAUUCGUGGGCUACCUGGAAGAAGAAGCCGUGCACACAUACACAUUGGCCAUCAAGCAGAUCGAAGAAGGACACCUCCCCAAGUGGUCCGAUCCGAACUUUGUCGUUCCCGACAUUGCCGUCAAAUACUGGCACAUGCCAGAGGGCAAGCGGACGAUGAAGGAUCUCAUCCUGUAUAUCCGAGCGGACGAGGCCUGCCACAGGGGCGUCAACCACACGUUCGGAAACCUCAACCAGAAGGAAGACCCCAACCCCUUCGUCAGCGAGUACAAGGACGGCCAGGAACCGCCCCGACCUGCGUUGAAAGCAGAAGGGUUUGAACGCCACGAGGUGUUGUAAAAUCCGUUGGCAAGAGAUUUGUGGGGGGGUUUUAACGACUUAGAUAUUGUAUACAACAUCAUUGACCCGGACAUAGAGGAGCAUAGGCUCAGUUACGGUUAUGUCAUUUUUAUCCGGCUGGCUGGCAUGUAGCAUCACAUUGGAACGGCGUCAUGGCUUCGUUUUGUUUUGGGGGCGUGAUUUUGGGAAACUGUCCCCGGUUGGGUUUUGCGGCGACGACUAGAUAUCAAAAGAAAAUACCCAUAGAAUGGACUUGGGUAGAAGGCGUACUGGGGAUAUAUGCAUUCUUCUAAAAUUCAUAUCUCAACUCCUCUUAGACUAGAAUAAUCUCUACUUUCCAUCUACUCCCUCGA